AUGGUGUCUUGCAUCUGGAGUCUCGACCACGCUACAUCGGCGACUAGUGGUGUAGCAAUGACUCUGGCUAUGAUGUCAACCACGCACACAUCGUUCCCGAAAGGCGGCUUGACUUCCAAGGCUGUUCCGAGGUCUUUUACGACUCCACUGGCAGCUGCCAUCUCGGCCGUUCGUACCGAUCUCAGCCACGAGGAUGACAUCCCCACUGCGGUACCGUCGAGCUCAAUGCAGCGAACGGUGCUUACCGACAUUACCAACACCACCAACGCACUGCCUUCAACCACUUCUCGAGCGACAGUGUCGGUACGAGGUAGGAAAGUAACCGAUGCUUCACUGCGUAAGACGAUCGUGGCGCUUCAACACCGCAAGAAGGUCAUGCGACGUAGAAAUGCUAUCUCGCUCACACGCGAACAGGCAACCCGUCUUGCCCAACAACUCUCACAAGUCCGGCAACAUCCCUCCAACAAUGACGAUGCAAGUGAGGCCGCACACAAUGCCAAACCGAUCCCCUUCGUAACGUGCCAACUCGACGACAAUCUCUACCUCGUCUCGAGACGCGAUGGACACACUCUCACCUGUCCACCCCACUCCACCACCUGCACCUGCUCACCAUCCCACCUCUAG